AUGGCGCUGUUGCUUUUACUGGUGAUGCUGACAUCAUGUGCUGCUGCACCUCAAAAUCUAGCAAGGAAAAUGUUCACUUUCCCAGAAGAGACAGACACAGCUCAUGUGAAGCUGUUAACAAAAAAACAAGACUUAAGUGCUGUAACUGUCUGUCUCAGGUCCUUUACAGACCUCAGAAGAAUCCACUUAAUUUUCUCUUUGGCAACGGCGUCUGCUUUCAAUGACUUUCUGUUGAUGAAACAAGCUGAAGGUAAUUUGCUUUAUUUGUGGGAACAUGAUUCCUUUGUUGGGGGAUUUGACAAAGUGCAGUCGUUUUUAGGCAUGAUGUCUGAUGUCCACAUGUGGGACUACGUCUUUUUUCCCUGUGAGAUCCAGAACUACUUGAAUGAGCUGACCUUUACUCCAGUGAAUGUGCUGAACUGGAAUGCUCUGGAUUUUCAGAUAACAGUAAGAGUGUUGAUAGAAGACAAGCAAACCUGUUAA